AAUACAUUUGUUUCAACAACUAAAUUUACAAUCACAAACUUUAUGAACUCCAUUACUGCAAGAUAGAGAGCUUGCUUCCUAUAUUAGUAGAGAUAUAUUCUCAUAUUGAGUUUAUUUAGAGAGAGAAAUCUGCAUUUAGAGAGAGAGGAGGGGGGGAGAGAGAGAGAGAGAGAGAUAUGAAGCUUUGGAGUUUGGUUUUCUUGGUACUUUUCUUGGGGAUAUUUCUCCAAGCAGAGGCAGAGGAUGGGUUUAUUGGGAGCAGAGGAAUACAGCUUAUGUUGAAUGGUAGUCCUUACUAUGCAAAUGGGUUCAAUGCAUAUUGGUUAAUGUAUGUGGCCUCUGACACAUCUCAGAGAAACAAAGUCUCCUCUGCCUUCCAAGAAGCUUCAAGCCAUGGCUUUACAGUGGCAAGGACUUGGGCUUUCAGUGAUGGUGGUUAUAGCCCUCUACAGUACUCCCCUGGCUCCUAUAAUGAAAACAUGUUUCAGGGCUUGGAUUUUGUAAUUUCUGAAGCUAGAAAAUAUGGGAUUAAGUUAAUUUUGAGCUUGGUGAAUAACUAUGAGAACCUUGGAGGGAAGAAACAGUAUGUGGACUGGGCCAGAAAUCAGGGGCAGUACUUAAGAUCUGAUGAUGAUUUCUUUAGCAACUCUGUUGUCAAGGGCUACUACAAAAACCAUAUCAAGACUGUGCUCACAAGACAUAACAGCAUGACUGGAGUUGCUUACAAGGAUGACCCAACAAUAAUGGCUUGGGAGCUCAUGAAUGAGCCUAGAUGCACUUCAGAUCCAUCAGGAAGAACCAUGCAGGCUUGGAUUACAGAAAUGGCUUCUUACUUGAAAUCAAUAGACAGUAAUCACUUGCUAGAAAUUGGUUUGGAAGGGUUCUAUGGAGCAUCAGCACCUCAGAAGCAGCAAUACAAUCCAAAUUUUCAAGUAGGAACUGAUUUCGUAGCAAACAAUCAGAUAUCCGGGAUUGAUUUCGCCACUGUUCACUCCUACCCUGAUCAAUGGUUAACAGGUGAGAGUGAUGAAUCCCAGAUUUCGUUUUUGAACAACUGGCUCAACAAUCACAUUGAGGAUGCACAGAAAGUCAUUGGAAAGCCACUUCUUUUCGCGGAGUUUGGGAAAUCAUUGAAAGAUCCCGGUUACAACACAAACCAAAGGGACUUGCUGUUCAACACAGUCUACUCGGCAAUCUACUCAUCAGCUAGGGGUGGAGGUGCAGCUGCCGGUGGACUGUUCUGGCAAUUUCUAACUGAGGGGAUGGACUCUUUCCGCGAUGGGUAUGAGAUAGUUUUGAGUGAAAGCCCCUCAACGGCUGGCGUGAUUGCUCAGCAGUCGCAGAAGCUUAAUAAGAUUCGGAAAAUGUAUGCCAGGCUGAGAAAUAUUGAGAAAUUGAAGAGAGCCAAGGCAAUCAGAAGCGCUCAGGGGUCAGUCAAUAAAAAGGGUGCAGAAUCUGGAAACUAAAAAAAUUGCAAAGGAAACAAGAUAUAGUAUAAAAGAAACUAUAGCUGUUAUACAUUUUAUGCGAAUUUAUUGUUUAUUAUGAAUGUUUUAGGAACUUGAGAAGUUGGAUGCUCUCUUAGAGAUGAAAUUUUUUUUUAUCCAAGAGAGUAGGAUUUGCAGAGGUGUGUAAUUCUUGAAGAUAUAGUAUAUCCUUUUUAUAAUUUUA